ACCUCCGUGUCGCUGGAUGAUGACGCCAUUGCCGGGCUUCGUGAACGUCAUGGCGGCUCAUGCUAGCGAGCUCGAGAUAGCGAAGAAAAACUUGACAGACGCGAUCGGCGACAACGUGAAGCAUUACUGGGCGAACCUGAAGCUAUGGUUCAAACAGAAGAUCAGCAAGGAGGAGUUUGACAUCGAGGCACGCCGUCUGUUGGCACAGGAGAACGUCCACGUCCAUAAUGACUUCCUUCUGGCCAUUCUCACACGAUGCCAGAUCAUCGUCUCCACGCCAGAGGGCACAGGGCCAUUACAGUGGCAGGGUGGCUCUGCCUCAAAGCCUGGCAAACCUAAAGGGAAGAAGAAGUGUUCCUCCAGACAGAAGUUUGAUCAUCGUUUCCAGCCUCAGAACCCUCUGAGUGCCGCCCAGCCUUUCAGUCCACGGGAGGUAGGAGGUGAGGAGGAGGAGAUGCGUCUCAGCGCCCACACUCUGAUGCUGCCCACACGAGGCCAGCUGGAGGCCCGCAUGAUGGUGACGGCCUUUGAGCUGGGUCUGGAUAACACCACAGAAGACGCCGUCAGCGCCAUGAUUUAUGCUGUUGAGCAUCACUUAAAAGAUGUCCUGACUGCUGUAAUCACUCGAAGGAAGGCGUAUCGGUUACGAGAUGGUCACUUCCCCUACGCCUUUGGCAGUGAUGUCACGCCGCAGCCUUAUUUGAAAAACAGCCUUGCCGCUUACCACAGCGUCACUGAGUGUCCCCCUCCAAGUGCUUCCCUCCCGGCUGGUCCACCAUCUCAGGUGUCACCCGAUGAGGCGGAGCAACAAGCUGUCCACUUAUUGGCUUGUUCUGCAGACAUGCUCCCUGCGCCGCUCCCUCCAAUCAGCAUGUUUGAUCUCCUUGAGGCUUUACAGGUUCACCAUGGUGUGAUGCCCUCCCACACUAUGUACGCCCUGAACAUGGAGCGCAUCCUGUCCCGGCUCUGGCACCCCAGCCACGAAGAACUGGAGCAGGACCAUGUACACCGGCAGCGCCUCGCCGCGAGAGACGGCGUGCUCGUCAGCUGAGAAUCACUUAUAUGAACUGCGGAUAUCAUCAGGAACCAAACGCAAAAAUGACCCCCACAUGGAAAUGUGCGAGGAACAGGGUGAAAAUCACUUCCCCCGUUGCACAAAAACGAUAAGGCAUGAGUGGAGCGAGAUGAAACAAAGCAGUUGGACAGUGGACAGUUGGAGUGGGCAGUCAGUUUAAGCCUCCAGCCAGUAGCUGGCAAAUUAGCACUGUUGCUGCUUUAUUUUUGUCUGUUCAACCAGCGAGUUUGGCAGUCGACCAACCAUCAUUUGGAGCUUCUAUUAUAUAGAUUCUAAUUCGGUGGUAAAUUAUUGACAGCGUUAAGGGUGUACCAGCAGCAAGGUUCCAGGCCAGGUUGCACAAUGUUAAUGUUUAGAUGUGUGUGUGGGGAAAGAAGCUUUUUCAUAUUAUGCACCACAACUGGUUUAAAAAAAAACAAAAACAUCCUAAGAA